AUGGUAUCAUUCCUCUUUGCGGCAAUCGGCGUUGCAGCACUUGUCGGUCUUUGUCAGGUUCUGUACAAUAUCUUUUUCCAUCCACUACGAAACUUCCCUGGUCCUUUUCUAGCGGGGGCAACCUCGGGAUGGAAGGCCUGGAAAGAGGUCGUUCUGAAGGAGACUUUGGCCCAGGAGCUCUUUGAUCUUCAUAAGAAAUACGGUGAUAUUGUUCGCGUCGCCCCAAACGAGCUUCACUUUGGAAAAGCAUCUGCAUUCCACGAUAUCUAUCACGGUAGCAAGAGAUGGGAUAAGGAUCCAGGCCUCUACAGUACGCCCGGCGUCAAGACCGGGUCGUUUGUGUUCCUCAAGUACGCCCAAGCAAAGGAACGAAGGGAGGUCCUUCUACCAAUGUUUUCCAAGAAAGCCAUCCAGGACCUCGAGCAUCUCGUCUGGCGAAAUGCCAACCGCCUAGCCUCCUCCAUAACCGCCACCGACGCGGCAAAGAGCUCCAUCGACCUUCUAUACGCGUUCCGCUCCUACACCCUCGACACCAUAAUGUGCUUCACGUUUGGCAACUGCGUCAAUGCCGUCGAUGCCCCCGGCUUCGCGGAUCCCUUGAUUCUCGCCAUGGACGCCAGCCUGCGCAUGCUGCCCAUCCUCAAAAACUUCCCCUUCGUCCGCAACCUCAUCUACGCCGUGCCGCCCGCGUUCGCCAUGAAAGUCAUCCCCAACGCCGCCCGCCUCGCCCCGCGCCUCUACCAGGUCCGCGACCUCAUCCAGAGCCAGCUUCACGCGGUGCUGCAGUGCCCCUCCAAGCUCGACGACGUACCGCACCAGACCAUCUUCCACCGCAUGCUCGACCCUAAGGCCUAUCGCAGCCGCGCCAUACCGGACAUGACGGCGCUGCAUGACGAGGGCUUCACCCUCAUCUUCGCGGGCGCCAACACUGUUGCAGACACGCUACUCAUGGGCCACUGGCACACCAUGCGCCGUCCGGAACUGCUCCGUCGGCUAAAGGACGAGCUCGCCACCGUCUGGCCCCACCCCGAGACGAGCCCGCCACCAGCGCUGCGCGACCUGGAGAGGCUCCCGCUGCUGACGUCGACAAUCAAGGAGGCGCUGCGCUUCAUUCCCUCGGGCGUAUCACUGACUCGGGUUGUGCCGCCGGCCGGAGCCGUCAUCGCGGGCAAAGAUAUCCCCGGUGGCACCGCCGUCGGCAUGGCAAUUCUCCACGUCCACAUGGCUGGUGAGGUCUGGGGUGACGACGUCCUGGAGUUCAAGCCGGAGCGGUGGCUUGACGGAGCGAAGCAGGAUCUGGACCAAUGGCUUGUUGCCUUCAGCAGAGGCCCGCGUAUGUGCUUCGGGAUCAACCUGGCCUGGGCAGAGCUGUACAUCGCCUUCGCGACGAUGAUUAGGCGUUUUGACCUGUCCAUCGAUGGGACAACGGCCGAGGACAUGGAGUGGCGCGAGUGUAUCGCAGCGUAUUACCCUCGGAGGCAUCUUCACGCAUGGUGCCCCCCAACUCAGUCGUGA